UGAGGAGCGGCCGCUCUGGCCAAUCCCGGCUCGUCCGAGAGCAGCACCGCCCCAAUGGUCGCAGAGCUGAGCGCAGGAAGCGGAAAUGGCGGUCGUGGGGCGGGACUGCGCGGAAGGGCGGAAGUGGCUUACUCUGGGAGCACCCGGCGUGCGGAUGGCGCGACUCGGGCGCCGCGGGGCUGCGCCGGUGGGGCCGGCGGUGCUUGGGGGUCCUGGGCGGCCGCGGGGGCGGCAGCAGCAGGUGCGGGGGACGCCGCGCUCAGCGCCGUGUCCCGGACCGCGCAGCAAAGAAAAGAAGCAGGUGAAUUGCAAGCCCCAGAACCAGGAUGAGCAGGAAAUCCCCUUCCGGCUGCGAGAGAUCAUGAGGAGCCGCCAGGAGAUGGGAAGUGGCGUCAGUAACAGAGAGAGGAGGAGACAAGCCCAGGUGGCCUUCAGGAAGACAUUGGAGAAGGAAGCAAAGGGAGCGGAGCCAGACAUCGCUGUCCCCAAAUUCAAGCAGAAGAAGUGGGAGUCUGACGGCGCCUACAUCCAGCGAAUGGAGCAGGAGGCCCAGCAUGUGCUCUUUCUCAGCAAAAACCAGGUGGCGCGACAGCCGGAGGCGCAGGCGGCUCCCAAGAAGGAGAAGUCAGAGCGGAAGAAAGCGUUUCAGAAACGGAGGCUGGAGAGAAUCCGGCGGCGAAGGGAAGAGAAGGCAGCAGAGAGGCUGGAGCAGGAGCUGCUCCGAGACACAGUGAAGUUUGGCGAGGUUGCUCUGCAGCCCCCAGAGCUGACCGCCCAGCCCAUGACGAGCACAGGCCGGGACCAGCCUGGGAAGAAAUCGCUGAUGCUUAGGAGGCUUCUGAGCCCUGGCGGCGUGUCCCAGCCGCUGAGCAUGUCGCUGGCCCGACAGCGGAUUAUCAGGGAGGAGAGAGAGCGGGCCGUGCAGGCCUACCGGGCACUGAAGCAGCAGCGGCGGCCGGGGCUCAGUCAGCAUAGCCAGCCCGCUCCCCGCACCUCACUUCCGGGAAGAAGGCAGGACGAGUCUGUGAUGGUCUAGGCUCCGCUCCCCCAGGGCUGCUUUAAGGAGAGAGGACGAUGCCGCAGUCCGUCAUUCAGUGCCAGUCCAUGGGAGACACUGCACACUCGAUCGGCUGAAUCCGUAAUUAAAGCUCGGUGUGGUUCAACAGCAUAGGACAGCUGGGAGCACAGGCCGGGCUGCAGGCCGGAGCGGGGGGGUGGGGAGGGCGGGGUCGGCGUCUAGGCCACGGAGAGGUAGAUGUGCUCCUGCUGCCUUGUCCCUGCAGAGGCAGGUGGAGUCCACCCAGGCUCUCACUGGGUAUGGAGACAGGACAGCCCCCACGCAAGGUGUGUUUGCCAGGGGGUUUGUGUUCUCCAGGUCUUUGGGGAAAGAAGAGCAGAUCUGAAGCAGCUUGAGGGCAAGGACAGGACCCUGGCCUAGGACCUUCCCAUGGCUAAAAGGGCUAUGGGGGGAAUUCCUGCCAACAGCAGGGCCUGGCAAGGUUUGAACCUUCCACCAGAACCUAAGGAGGGGAUGCCCAGAUGUUGUCAGCGUGCUCAGCUGCACGGCACUGAGGCCUCUCGGCAGUCGAACGCAAAGGGGGAGUCCUACUGCCCACGUCCUUGUGAGGACAGCACUGGUCCCCUUCUUCGGGCUUGAACAGCUCGGGAACAGCCCCGUCUCAGGCUUGGCCAGGGUGGCCCUACAGAAUGUGGGGUAGUGUGCUUCUGUAGGAUCCUUUGUUUUUCCCCGUUUGCAUCGUUUAUAACGUUUUGUAGUUGUUUUCUGGGUUUUUUCAAAUUAAAACCUUCUGAGUUGGGGUGCCUG